AUUCGAUAAGGUAUCCCACUUAGGUCUUCUUAGUAAACUUAAACAUUUUGGAUUAGACCAACGCUUAUGCGAGUGGUUUAGUGAUUACCUGAUGAAUAGGAGGCAGAAGGUAAGGGUUAAUGGUGUACUGUCAGGGUGGAAAGCAGUACUAAGUGGAGUACCUCAGGGAACGGUACUUGGCCCCCUGCUAUUCUUAUUAUACGUAAAUGAAGUGCCAAAAAUUCUUACCUCAUCUUCCUUACUAUUUGCGGACGAUAUUAAUAUAUGGAAAACCGUAAAUAGUAGCAAUGAUAGGUCGGUACUAUAAAACGAUCUAGACAAAUUAACCGAAUGGGCUAACCUUUGGAGUCUGGAAAUUAAUUCCAAGAAAAGCGCGGUAAUGCACCUAGGUCAGAAGUCUUACACGUCGUACUCCAUGGGGGACACAGAACUGCCAGAUGUUAGGGAACAAAAGGACUUAGGAAUUAUUGUUAGCCAUGACUUAAAAACAACGGCGAACUGUAAUCGAGCCGCAGCUAAGGCUUUUCGAAUGCUAUGGGCACUUCGAAGAUCUUUCAAACGAUUAGACGAGGGUAUUUUCCAAGUACUCCAUGCAACAUAUGUCAGGCCUCAUCUAGAGUACUACAUACAAGCGGCGAGUCCAUGCUUCAAAAAGGAGGCACAUACCCUGGAAAGAGUACAGAGGAUAGGAACCAAAUUAGUUAGUGGUAUCUCACACCUUCCUUAUGAUAAGAGGAUGGAGCAUUUAAAUCUCUUCCCAUUAUCAUACCGAAGGAGGAGAGGCGACUUAAUUUUGGCUUACCGUAUAUUCAAGGGUGACUUAGGGAUUGGCCUUUCAAACCUUUUCUCUCCCUCUAGGAUACAUUUACGGGGUCACCAGAAGAAGGUGCUCAAACCAAGGUCGAAUAAAAUACGUUUGGAGUUUAGAUUCUCUCACAGAGUGGUCAACGACUGGAACUCCUUACCUGAUUCAGUAGUAACAGCUCCAUCGGUGAACGCUUUCAAAGAGAAACUGGAUCUCUGCAGAAAUAUAUAUCGCGAGGAUUAACAUAGGCAACAAGAGCCUUCUAUCCUUAUAAUCUGAAUCUGAAUCUAGGGGUAGAUUCGUUUUAAACUGCUACAGUUUGGAAACACACUUUCAUCUAGCCUGUAUGUUUCGCUCUAAUAUUUUCGUCCCUCACACCACCAACGAAGUAUUGUUAAAUGUAUUCUUGUAGUAUUAUUCAACCGCACAGUUACUGGAAGUUGAUAAUAUUAUGUAUGCGUAAUAUUCAUGAUAACUUCUUCACCAUAAGCCUACUCCACAUUUCAAAAGAAGUGUAAACUAUGAUGCCUGAUGUCAUCAGUGAAGAGCAGAACUGUGGUUUGCAACUCCGUACAGAAUAGUUGUAUAUGGUAUGACACGUCGAUACGAUGUUGUUUAUAUACUCA